AUGUUGAGUCAAACAUUACUGGUGACAUUAGUAGUGUACCUGACGUUAUUAGAUACGUGUAGCUCUGGUAGAACUGUGACCCGACGUCGUCGGUCGGAGACUAGCGGAGGAUCGGCCGCCACCCAGGACGUACUGGCAGGGGAUGGCAGCAGUAGUGGGAGUAGUAACGGGGGCAAGGGAGAUCCUAGCAAAUCCGCAGGCGGGGACUACUCAAAGUUCUACAAAGACAUCAUGGACAAUUUGAAAGGAUUCCUGCCUAAACCUGACAUGAACAGUGACAAGGACGAAAGUGAGGAGGAUUUCAGCGAUGAAGAUGAUGAUGAUAGUAGCGAUAACGAUCAGAUGGACUGGGCGUCGAUAUUCGCAGGGUUUUCUGACAAGUAUAUGAACGGAACAAACAGCCAGGGUUUUAACGAAAAAGAUAGCAACAACCAGACCCAGCAGAGUCAACAGAACGACACUCUAUCACAGGCAUUCGCCAAGUACUUCAAAGGAUAGGAAACAGAAGAAGCAUAGAAUGCAGUUACAACAACAUAAAUGGUGACAAUCAAGAAGAUUCCUGCUCGAUUUUCCCCUUGUCGUAUUAUUAUAUUGCAAUUUCAUGAAAAUAAAACAAACUGGUCAUCAAA